AUGGGGUGCGUUCACAAUUCUUCCAUUGGUUGAUAUUGGUAGAAAAAUCUACCAUUGGCAAAACAUUGGUACCAAAGUAUGUCAAUGGUAAUUUUUAUUGGUAACCGAUUCUGCAGGCCAACCACAUUCGCGGUAGAUUUACCAACGCGGGAUUUUCGUUAAUUAGUGUCACCGAUAAAAAUGGCGACGAACGUGCCUAGUAGCGUGUGCGACAUUUCGUCGCAAAUUAUUCCACUCCAAAUGAAAAUUAGAGAGAAAAUUGCAAAAUUUCUAAUAAGAGGAAAGGACGUGAAAUAUCUAUCUGAUCAUCUAAAAGAGGUGACUCAAGAUCUAACGUCAAUGCUACCUGGUGACUUACCUGAAGAUCCAGUUUAUAUCUGUUUUGUUAAUGGAAAAGUACAUAUUCCAGAAGUUGUUUUGCGCAAUUUGAAUUCAAAGGACCAGACACACCCGAGGAUAGAACUUGAAGAAAAUCCUGAAACAGUGGAAGAAAAUAACACGGAGGAUACCACGCCAGCCAAUUUUGAUUUGGAAGAUAGUAGUGAAACUGAAAAAUCCAGAUAUGAAUGGAGAUUUUCUGACACGAAAGAACUGCUAACAGUUUUAAAAGCUCGGAAGGAAAGGAAGGAAAAUUUUACAAAGAACAUGUGGAACGGAGUUGCAAAGGAAUUAAAAGAAGCACUGAAAUCCAAAAAAAUUCCUAGUCCUGAACAAUGUAGAGAGAAGUUUUAUUCUCUGAGAAGAUCAUAUAGAAAUUAUAUUGCAGAGAAAAAAAAGACCGGAAACAAAAGAAUAAAACCAUUUCUCCACGAGUCAGAAAUGUAUGAUCUCUUACAUGACGAUCCUGGCUUUAAUCCACCUUUGCUAAUGAGUUCUCUAGGGACAGUGGAAACAAAUAACAGUGAAGAAAAUUCAUGCACUGAGAAAGAUCCCCCAAAGAAGAGGAAAUGUAGUAACGAGCUCACAGAAUAUCUGAAGGAAAGGGAUGAGAAGUUCCUGAAUGCAUUUAAGGAAAUGCAUGAGAACCAAAAUAAAAUCAUGGAAAAACUAAUUGAGAAACUGUAGAAAAAUGUGUCAGUACCUUUGUACUUACUGUUUGUCAUUUAGUAUGAUAGUCUGAGAUAAACAUUGGACUUUGAUGGUUUACGUUUUUGUUAAAGGGGUAUAUUUGUAAACAUUAAUUGUAUAGGAAGAUGGAGAAUUUAUUUUACAUGUUGAUGCCCUUUUUUUUUGUCCAGCAUUUCGAUUGAGGAUAUUCAAUGGUGCUCCCUUUUUUGUUGGUUGUAAAAUGAGCAAUAUAUUUAUUUUUAAAUUACAAAGAUAUUGGUUUUUUUUUAAGUUUCCAUUAUUUGAAUUAAUAUGUUUAGUUAUGUUUUUUUGUAAAAUGUUAAAAUAAAUUAACAAA